UAGGAGGGACCCACACCAGUAUUAAGCUGUGCAAAUUCAUCACCUCCUCCAUUUUUACCUCUGCUUCUCACAGAACCAGCUACCACCCUAAUCCCUUCCUUCAUUCCUUCCCAGGGUCAGAGUGUGAAAAAUGGCGUCCAUCUCCACCACCACCACAGCUUCUUCCUUCAUCCAUGCAUCUCUCCGUCGCAACCCCUCUCUAGGGGUUUCCUCCGCCCCAGUUCUCGGGCUGCCGUCGAUGGCGAAGAGAGGGAGAGUGGUGAAGUGCUCGGCGGAAGGAAACGGAAGCAACGGCAGCGGGUGGGAGAAGAAGGGGAUGAUGAGCGCUUCGCUGAUGGCGACGGUGGCCGCAGCAGCUGCGUCGAGCCCAGCGGCGAUGGCUCUGGUGGACGAGAGGAUGAGCACUGAAGGAACUGGGCUGCCCUUUGGGCUGAGCAACAACCUCCUCGGGUGGAUCCUAUUGGGAGUCUUCGGGCUCAUCUGGACCCUCUACACCGUCUACACCUCCGGUCUAGACGAGGACGAAGAGUCCGGCUUGUCCCUCUAA